UGUAUUGUAGUGGGUGCAGAGUCCAGUGGGGUGUUUUUCUAUUCUGUGUAAUGUUAGAUUUUAAGACGCGUAAUUAUCAUCUCUUCCUUUGGGUUCCUGCCCUGCCUAAUAUUCAUUCCUAGCUAUUUUUGUAUAUUAUAUAGGUGUCGUAUAUAAUACAGCAACUUUGAUCUGAAGCUAGGACUAUUAAACAUUAGAUCUCUUGCAUGUAAGGCUCUUAUUGUUAACGACAUCAUUACUGAUCAGGAAUGUAAUUUAAUGUGUUUAACAGAAACUUGGAUUAAACCAAACGAGUACAUAGCAUUAAAUGAAGCCAGUCCUCCUGGAUACAGUUAUGUACAUCAGCCUCGUUCAACUGGUAGAGGAGGAGGUGUUGGUCUCAUCCAUAGUAAAAAUCUAGUCGUCACACAAAAACCUAAGCAUAAAUUUAAUUCUUUUGAAAUUCUUUAUACCAGUAUAAGUUAUGUAGCCACAAAAAAUAAGUCAAUUCCUCUAAUUAUUAUUUACAGACCCCCAGGGCCAUAUACUGAAUUUCUUAGUGAAUUUGCAGACUUUGUCUCAAACCUGGUUGUGUCUGUAGAUAAAGCAUUAAUCGUCGGAGACUUUAAUAUUCAUUUUGAUAACCUGGAAGACCCUCUAAGAUUAGCGGUUGUGUCCAUCUUAGAUGCAGUAGGGAUUAAUCAGAACGUAAUCAGGCCUACUCAUAAUGGUGGUCACACUCUUGACCUCAUACUAACAUACGGACUAAGUAUAGAAAAUAUUAUAAUUUUUCCGCAGUCUGAAGUUGUCUCAGACCAUUAUCUUAUCUCGUUCAUAAUACAUAUUGAUCAUAAUAUUUCCACCUCACCUCGCUACCGCGUAAAACGUACCUACACAUCAGCUACUGCACCGAGCUUCAUGAAUAACCUCGCAGAAACAUCAAUUAGAUUUGGAUCACCGUCAGAUCCCAUAGAACUCGAUCACGCUUCUGAAAGCUUGGAGUCAACACUCCGCUACACGCUAGAUAGAGUGGCUCCACUCAAAAGAAAAAUAAUUAGAGAGAAAAAAUUAGCACCCUGGUAUAACGAUCAAACGCGAACCUUAAAACAGACAUCUCGACAAUUAGAACGUAAAUGGCGUCAAACCAAACUGGUGAUAUUUCAAACAGCAUGGAAGGAGAGCCUACUGAAAUAUAGGAAAUCUCUUGGCGAUGCUAGAAAAAUCUAUUUCUCCACCUUAAUAGGAGAUAACAAAAACAAUUCUAGAUUCCUUUUCAACACAGUACCAAAAUUAACUAGGAAUAAAACCACUACAGAGAGAAACAAUCAUUACAUAGCAGUGAAGAUUUCAUGAAAUUUUUCAUUGAUAAGGUUGAAAAUAUUAGACGUGAAAUACAGGCCAUUAAAUUAAAACCGGACAGUACUGUAACAAACCCAUUACAUGACAAUGUAGCAAUAUCAGAUCAAUGUUUAGAGUGUUUUGCUCCGCUUAGAGAGACCGAACUAGCUACAUUAAUCUCUUCAGCCAAUUCAUCAACUUGCAUACUAGAUCCCGUACCUACAUGUUUGUUUAAACAGAUUUGUCCAGGAGUAAUUGAACCACUUUUAAAUAUAAUCAAUUCUUCCCUAAGCACUGGCUAUGUACCUAAAUCACUUAAAUUAGCAGUUAUUAAACCCUUGAUUAAAAAACCUGAUCUUGACCCGUCUCAAUUGUCCAGCUAUAGACCAAUAUCAAAUCUCCCCUUCAUCUCUAAGAUCUUAGAAAAGGUUGUAGCAAAGCAAUUAUGCUCGUUCUUAGAUAGGAAUAACAUUCAUGAAAUGUAUCAGUGAGG